GUUGAUGAAAUUGAUGAUGAUAGUUUCAUCAGUGAUAAUAAACAUUCAAAACAAACAACUACAAAUCGUUUGAAUGAUGAUGAUGAUGAUGAAUAUAAUCCAUAUAGUUAUGGAUUUCGUCCAUUAUCCGAAAAGAAUAUUUAUCGUUCAUUUGAAAUUAUUCGUCAACCAACCACCACCACCACCAGCACCAGCACCACUGAUGAAAAAAAAUCUACAAAAAUAAAACAUCAAAAAUCAACAAAAACAACAACAAAUAUGAAUAAUGAUUCAUUUGAUGAAAUUGAUAAUCAAAAAUUUGGACAUACCAAAGUUAUAUUUUCGGAAGAAAAUUUAUCACCAUCACCAACAUCGGCCAUCAAGAAUCGUCAAGGAUUAACAACAACAACAAAAACAACUAUUCCAACCAUAAUGGUUAAUGAACGACCUGUCGAUGUACCGGGUUAUUAUCCAUCAUCAAAACAUCAAUCAAAAAUAACAACGAAAAUAAAAAAUCAAGAAUCCGAUUCAAGAAAAAAAUCAACAACACCAAGGAUAAUUGAAAUUAAAUUACAAAAAUCAUCGGAAUCAUCGGAUGAAAUUGAUCAUGAUUCAAAACAAAUCGAACAAAAUGAUGUUGCGGCAGCUAUUUCAACAGCAGCUAACAAUGAUUCGAAUUCAAAAAAGCCACCAUUACCACCGAAUCAUCAUCAUCGUUAUCAACAAAGACGACGAAUUUCAAUGCCAGCAACAACUGGUCAUCGAAAAUAUCAUCAAGAACAACGUGAACACGAACAACAACAACAACAACCCCGACCAUCAUCAUCAUCUGCUAUUCAUAAUGAUUACCGUUAUCAUCAUCACGAUCAACCGAUUUCGGAAAAAUUUUGGCCAGAUUUUCAUUAUCCAUCGGAUAGCCGUUGGCCAUUUUAUUGGCCAUCAUCAUCAGAUUUUUUCAAAGAUCAUUAUAAUUAUCAUCAUCGUGAUUCAAUUAUUUCCAAUUCAAAUUGUCCAUUUUCAUCACCAAUUCUGGUUGAUAAACUUAUUCAUACAGAACCAAAACCAAGUAAAUUUCAUUCAUAUAAAUGUACACGGUAUGAAUUAUCGAAGGAAAAAUUAUCAUCCAACGACGACGACGAGAAUCCAACAGAAGCAACAACAAAAAAUUGAUUCAACAAAAAAAAACAGAUCAAAAACAUUAUUAAU